AUGGAAGCUGCUUUGGAAUUGGAGGAUGAUAUUUUUUUCAAAGAUUUGAGCAAGCAAAUCUCUCUUUUGAUCAUGGAUGAUGAUGACCCACUUGCUCAGCAUCCUUCACUAAAUUUACAGGCCCUCACUCACUCAAUACACCCCGCAAGACAAGAGCGUCCCUUUCUCGAUUAUUAUCAUCGACAAACGAACAAGAACGAGAGCAAAGGCACGGGCGUUUUCAUCCCUCGUUCGUCUCAGUUUCGAAGGAAAAAUGCUAAGCAAGGAACGAGAUUUAUUACAGCAGCCUCUGGUAAUAAGUCUCAACGGCCUUUCGACCGUCACUCGAAUGAGCCUCCAAGUAUAUCUUACAGCAACAACAUCGAUAAUCCAUCAUCACAUGAUCAUCAUUAUUCAGUUAACCACAAAAGAUUCUGA